CUGUGCCGGAGUAUGUAGGUAUGAAGGAAAAGGUGGAAUGUGUUCCAUUCGUCUAAGUGAGCCGCUCCUAAAGUUAAGACCAAGGAAGGAUCUUGUUGAGACACUGCUGCACGAAAUGAUCCAUGCCCUGCUUUUUGUUACUAAUAACGACAAAGAUCGUGACUCUCAUGGGCCGGAGUUCCGCAAACACAUGCAUCGCAUUAAUCGCUUGACUGGGGCCAAUGUCACGAUCUGUCAUACUUUCCAUGAUGAGGUGAAUCUGUACCGCCAGCACUGGUGGCGAUGCAACGGCCCCUGUCAAAACAGAAAACCCUACUUCGGGUACGUGAAACGUUCGAUGAAUAGAGCGCCCUCUGCACGAGACUACUGGUGGGUUGAGCAUCAAGAGACCUGUGGAGGUACGUUCACAAAAGUGAAGGAGCCAGAGGACUUCUCCAAGAAAUCCAAGGAGAAAAAUCAACCAGCAAAACUUUCAAAUUCCAAGUCAGCUAACAAAGGCAAGGCACAAACUCCCAGUACGCUCAGUGCGCUGCCUUUUAGUGGAAAGGGUUAUCGGCUUGGGGGAGGAGACGGUGGAGUCUCAGAAAAAAGCGUAACUUUCAGCAGCAGUGUUAGAAACAGUGAAACACCUGGGUCACAGCACCAUUCAGCAGUAAAGACGAGACCAAUCCCUAAAAAUGAGAUAAAAUUUGAGAAAUCGCCUCGCAGUGGCAUCUUUUUUACGCUUCAUACUGAUGAUGCCGGUCAGAAAAUCAACUUCGCUUCGAAGCGCGAGUUUCCUAAACCCUCCGUUGCGAAUACAAAGGCUUACAGGAACGUUAGUGGAUCGCCUGUUAAAAUUGCUCGUGUCGUGGAAGAGACCUCAAACCAAAGCGCUGCAAAGGGCAAGAGGGUUCCGCCGCUUUAUGACAGGCAGCGGGUUGGUUUGGAGCAGACAGCAGCAGCUCCGGUGGUGUCUGAGCGUGCUGAUGCCCUGCAGGGGUGGCCCAGAAUGGAAGACAAAACUGCCUUUGAAAACUAUUUUGUUAAAAGGGGGGGUACUGAUGUCACUUUAAAUACACCCUCGAAAACCGAAGCUGAUUCUGCGGUGUCCUCAGCAAGUUCCAGCGCUGCUGUAAGGCAGGAUAAAAAAGUCAGUUGUCCUGUUUGCCAGACUGAGGUUUUGGAAUCCAAAAUAAACGAACACCUUGAUUCUUGUCUCGCGUAG